AUGUCGAUUCCUGAGCCCGAGGUUCCCCUCGACCACAUAUGCUCCACCAUAUGGGGCAACACACUUUACACCUUCUCGACUGGUGCUUUCCAGGCUUUGCCUUUGAAGCAAGGAGCGAAAUGGGAGAAGCUGAAGCCUGGCACGCCUGUUGACGGCGCCCAGUGCGUGGGCACCCCAACCGCAUUAUGGGUUGUAGGAGGCCAGUCAUCAGAAGCAGGCUACACCGGCCUUCAAAAGUACACUUACUCAACAGGCACGUGGGAAGUCAUCAACGCCCAGGAACCUGUCGCCAAGAAUCGCAAGUGGCAUGGUGCCGCCUACCUCCCUGCCACCGAUCAGAUCAUCACGUAUGCCGGCACCGUCGAUGGCGCUCAGCGUAAUUCCGACCAAACUUUCACCAUCAGGGCCUCAGCGCCAUAUGACGUGCAGGCCUACCCAUCCGGGGCGACGCCUGCCCAGAACCCCAUCCUACUUCCUUGGUCUGACAGGCAGGUUGUCAUGGUUGGCGGCGCUGCCGCAAACACAAGGGUUAUGCUGUUCAGCCCAGAGACAUCCUGGAUCGAUGCUGGUGUUACUCUGGCCGAACCUAUCCCCAAGGAUAUUUCUGUGGUCAAGGCUAUCAUGGUCAACGGAGAUGACGGGUCGAAGAAUCUCAUGACUUUCGACCUGAGCGAGAUUCCCAACAAGGUCAACCGCAUGGUCCUGCAAGGCGCCGGUGGCGCCCCUGUUACCAUCUCGUCCGCCAUCUCUGGUCGCGACGAGGGCAGCAGGAUUGCUCUUGAACACGACGCCGAUAUUACUCGACGAGACCUCACUGUGGCAGACUGGCCUUCUUACAACGAUACCCUCGCACCCCUCAUCACUCGCGUCAAUUUUGCCAUCGCACAGAACUCGGACGGCAUGGUAGUUCUUGCGGGAGGAAAUCCUGACACAUCUUUAAGCAUGUUUAAUGUUCGCGAGAACACUUGGGAGGACACAUCUCGCGCCUUUGCUACGGAUCAAGAAGUUUUGUCCGAUGGCAAUUCCAGCACCUCCCGCUCUGCCGAAUCUACGAGUGCCUCUACAAGUGUUUCAUCCUCAUCGGAUACUUCUUCUACUGAGGCAUCGACACUCACUACCUCUACGUCGAUCUCGGAGUCCAUCCUUGCAUCUUCAACCGGAGUUUCUGAGGCGUCCUUGGUUUCCGUGUCUGCUUCCGCUACUGCCACCGAGUCGGGUGGAGUGGCCGCCGCCGCUGCUGCCGGAGGCAGUGGUCUAAAUGCCAACGCUAUUCUUGGCAUAGUACUCGGCACCAUUACAGCUGCAAUGAUUCUCCUAGGCCUUGCUCUAUUCUGUCUUCGCCGAAAGAGGAUCCAGCGACAGAACCUCGAGUCCGGUAACCUGGCCCGCGCCGCCAGCAGCGCCCGCGUGCGGGAGAAGGGUCAGCCUUCUGAAUUCGCCAAGGAGAUCGCCGUCGGCGGCGACGACGACCUCCGCUCUCCCGCAAGCCCACCCUCUCGCGGCCACUUCCGCGGCCAUGAACCUUCCAACUCGCAGAGCUCCUUUUCGUCCGUGGCCAUUCUCAUGGGUCAGAUUAAUGGGCACAAGAAUGGCCACGAUAAAAAGCAGAGCACCGCUAGUGGUAUGUUUGGGAAGGGGUUCAAGUCAUCUAUCAGCAAGCCCAUGCCUCAGAUGAACGACAACCCAGCUCUUCAGAACGAAGGACGCUCAUUGACAGGAGACGAGAAAGGCGUUUCCUUCGCAGCCAACACGGGUGGACAGCCGAGGCCUGGCCCUCCACCUGGUGUCGCCUCUGACCCUGACGGUUUGCGACGAAGCUCUGGUUGGAACAGGUACUGGUCUGGCGGCAGUGCGCUGAAUGUCCUCGGUUUCGGUGGUCAGAAGCGUAUGACAACGGAUUCGGACCAAAGCUCGCAUUACUCGAACAGGAACCGCAUCACCCAGGACUCCGCCACUGUACCACCACUGAACUUCGAAGGCAGACCGCAGAUGAACCGGGUUAUGUCAGGCAGCCCUACCGUUUCAAACUAUCCCAACAAGUUCCGUUUGGACCCUGAAAUGUCUGGCAAGAUUGAGCGACCUGUGUCAGCCGCGUCUUCAGGAUACUCCAGCGGCGUCCCGGAAAGCGUGCGCGAGACAUGGGAUCCUCUCUCAGACAAGAAGCCUUGGGGAACCGAGCGGGCACCCAGCAGUGCCUACAGCGAAAGCUUCUAUCACCCCACAUCUCUGGCACCAAGCUCGCGGCAGCCACCCCCUCCCCCUCCUGUUCCUGAUGGCCUUAGCAAGCAGCCGCAACUCGCCAUGGCUACGACCUCAACAGACAUGAGCUGGCUCAAUCUUGGCGACUACCACAAGAACAACGGUGGCUACGACGCCAACGAGUCUCGGGUAUAA